CCUGUACUGUGAUACAUAUCUUGCCCCUUUCUCAAUUAUCUUUCCCGAAAAAGGCCAAUUUUACAUCAACACCCCGAUCUAUAUCUCUCUUCCCAAAUAAUUCUACACAGCUCCCAUUCAAGAUCUGCGGCGCUUAAAGGUUAUAAAUAAAUAAGCUGCGUUCUGUAAAUUGGGGUACUAUGUCAUCGGAAAAGAAUGGAAACGGUGAAGGCAACGCCAAUGCACCAGUGGCAACCUCGGAAAAGAAAGACGAGAAGCCUUUGAAGCAUAAACGCAAGUUGGUGAAGAAGUUCUUUUAUGCAAAACCUAAACCUGACAAGUCCGACUCACCGGUACCAACCACGGAUAAGAAUACUCCAAAGUCUUUAAGGGCAAAACGCAAAAAAAUGAAGAAGAAGAAGAAGUCGAAACUUGGGAAGUCCAGCUCACAGCCGUUGCCAUCGAAAGAGGGAACCACCCUCACUUCUCAACAGAAUGAUACUGAAGUUGUAAAUAACUCCUCUGAUAAUAAUCUUAUGCCUUCUGGCUCAAAGCAGCCGCAAAAGCCCCAAAAUAAUGUGAAGAUGCCUGAUAAUAAAUCUAAACCGGUAAAUACAAAGGAAAUGCAAGGUGCUCAAAAUCCUAAACCCGAAGCUGAAAAGAAGGGCGUUCAUUCUGGUAAAGCGAAAGAAGUGGAAAGUUCUUCAACAAUCCAUGCCAAAAAUAAAGACACGAGGCUCGGAGGGUUUAUUUUUAUGUGUAAUGCUAAAACUAAACGAGAUUGUUAUCAUUAUCGUGUCAUGGGCGUCCAAGCACACAAAAAAGAUCUGGUAAUGGGUAUCAAGCCUGGUUUGAAGCUUUUUCUCUUCGAUUUUGAUGUGAAGCUUAUGUACGGUAUAUACAAAGCAACUUCUAGUGGUGGCAUGAAACUUGAACCCGCUGCUUUUGGUGGUGGCUUUCCUCUUCAGGUUCGGUUUGAGGUUCACAAGGACUGUCUUCCACUACCUGAGAGUGUAUUUAAGAAGGCUAUCAAAGAGAGUUAUGAUGAAAGAACUCGCAAGUUUAAGACUGAGUUAACUUUUGAUCAAGUAAACAGACUUGCAAACUUAUUCAAGCCAGCUCCAUUAUUGCAUGCAAAUCCACAGUCUAUUGUUCAUGAGCUUCGUAGACCAUUUGGAUUAGAAGGUAUGCAGCUCCCAAAGCCAACCGUGGCUUCCCCUUCGCAUUUAUUGACUGAACAGGAGUAUAGGAUGUACGGGCUUAGAGGAGACAGAUAUAGAAAUUUAACUGCUGUUGGUCCUCCUGCUUAUGACCCUUAUAGAACCGUUCAAGUAAGAGAGCUCCUGCGCCCUGACACGAGUUUCCUUGGUAGACCACCUGAACAAGAAAGUAUGCAGUUUUUAAACCCAGCUGUGGCUUCUUCUCCACUUUUAAUGACAGAACAAGAGUAUAGGAACUAUGGGCUUAGAGGAGAUAAUUAUAAAAACCAAACCCCCGUUGGUCCUCCUGCUCAUGAACCUUACAGACCUGAUCAAGCAAGAGAGCCUCCCCACUCCGACACAGUUUUUCAUAGUAGGCCGUCUGAACAAGAAAGUAUCCAGUUGUUAAACCCAACUGUGGCUUCUUCUCCACUACUAUUGACCGAACAAGAGUAUAGGAGUCGUGGACUUAGAGUAGAUAAACAUAAAGACCAAAACACUGUUGGUUCUACUGCUAAUGACCCUUAUAAAAUCGAUCAAGGAAGGGAUCCACCCCAACCGGAUACGGCUUUCCUUGGUAGACCACCGGAACAAGAAAGUACGCAGUUCCUUGACCCAAGCGUGACUUCUUCACUUCUAUUAUCCGAGCAAGAGUAUAGGAAUUAUGGGCUUAGAGGAGAUACACAUAAAAACCCAACCCCUGUUGGACCACCUGCUUAUGAUCCUUAUAGAACUGUUCAAGAAAACGUAGGUUCCAGGGCUGAUACACGUUUUCUUAGCGAAAGGGACUAUCGAACUUAUGGCCUAAAAGCCUCCCAAGAGAAACCUACUUCAGUGACUCCAAACACAGAUGCAACUAGCCAUAAUCCCGCUAUCGGUUUGUAUCAACCAGUACCAUAUAAUCUAUAUGAUCAGGAUUCUGACUUGGUUCAGCGUUAUCUUUCACAUCCUCUAGCUGCUCCCUCUACUUAUGGAUAUGACACUGCACAUGUGGAGGAUGAUAGACGACUUCAUCGGGAAACCAUUUUAUCUGACAGGGUAGAAAGAACGUACGCUGGAAAUGCCUCCACCAAUGCAUUAUUGAAUCACAACCAGAGUGUUGGUCAGAGAGAAUCCGAACUUGAAUACAAACCCGCCCCUGUCUCAUCUCGAUAUGCGUUUGCGGGACCUUAUGUAAUACACCGUUGAUGUGAGGUUUGUUUUUUUACUUCAUGUUGUUUGAUGUUAUCAAUUGUUACAUGAGAAACUUUCUUUAGGAAUUGUAUUAGAUUGACAUUAUUUAUGAGCUCACUGUCGUUUUAA